AUGAUUGUCAAAGAAUCGAGAUGGGAUCAGCGAGGCAAGCGGCCCGCCAGGAUUGCCAAUGUCUCGGGCGCAAGAACCGACCCCGGCUAUCACAUGCGUCGACAGGCGGAAUGGGGCGACGUUGAUUUCUUGACGGGCGACUACCUCGCUGAGAUCAACCUCCCAGAAAACAAGAAGGGAAUGGACGCAGGUGUGCACGAGGGCUGGGAACAGACCUGCUGGGACGGUUUCGUGCAAACGAUUGACCUGAUUGCCGAGAAAGAGCUGAAGGUCAUCGUCAACGGAGGUGCCCUGAACCCUGCCGGACUGGCAGCCAAAGUCCAACAACUUGUGAACGAGAAAGGCUACUCACUCAAGGUCGCCUAUCUCUCCGGCGAUGAUCUGACCGACGAAACAAAAGACCAAAUCGCUCGAACCGGCAAGAUCCCAGAUCAUCUGGAUUCUAACAACCCCGAUGUCAAAGUCGAAAAGCUCGCCGUGGCCCUGCAGGACUACCAAUCCAGACCAGUCAUCACAUCGCAUGCAUACCUGGGGGCAAGAGGUCUCGUCGGUGCUUUAGAAGGCGGCGCCGACAUCGUCAUCGCCGGCCGGGUCGCCGACGCUUCUCCUGUAAUUGCUGCGGCGUGGUACUGGCAUCAAUGGAAACCCACCGACUACGACCAACUCGCGAGCGCCCUGAUCGCCGGCCACUUGAUCGAAUGCUCGGCCUACACGACGGGCGCCAAUUUCGCCGGGUUCGACCAGUUCGACUUGGACCUGUUGGUGGAUCUCCCCUUCGGAAUCGCCGAGGUGGCCAGCGACGGGACGGCGGUGAUCACCAAGCACGAAAACACCAAGAAGGGUAUCGUGAACACCGACACCAUCACGUGCCAGUUUCUCUACGAGAUCCAGGGCGCCAUCUACCUGAACAGCGACGUGUCGGCCGACACAACGAACAUCGCCAUCCGGGACGUGGGCAAGAACCGCGUCGAAAUGUCCGGCAUCAAGGGCUACCCACCGCCCCCAACGACCAAGCUAGCUGUCUUCUAUGACGCCGGUUAUCAGUGCCAGCUUCUAGCCAACGCCGUAGGGUACGCCACGGACAAGAAAUGGGAGCUUUUCGAGAGGCAGAUGCGCUUUUUCCUCAAUGAGAGAGGUGUUCUGGACAAGUUUGACAAUCUCGAAUUCCAGAUUGUGGGCGUGCCAGAGCCCAAUCCUCGAAGCCAACUCCGCAGUACGACCUAUUGCCGUAUCUUUGCACAGGCCCCGACAGAAGAGCCCAUAUCGCAGAUAUUUCCCGCCUGGGCAGAUCAUAUCAUGCAGCAUUUUCACGGGCUACACUGGUCGCUUGACUACCGCACCGCUCACCCCAAGCCAUACAUAUCCUUCUAUCCUGGGCUAUACGACCAAACCGCACUUAAGGAAGCAGCGCAUAUCUUGGGCAAAGAUGGGAAGGUCGCCAAAACCAUCGACGCGAAACUGCCGACCGAGUUCUACCAUCUGGAGCGAAGGAUCAACUUCGACGCUCAACCAUACGCAUUGCGCAACCCACAGGGGCCCACGAAAACCGUCACGCUGGGUGACAUCGCCUACGGCCGAUCUGGUGACAAGGGCGCCAACUGCAACUUCGGCAUCUACCCCAGGAAUCCCGCACACUGGGACUGGUUCCGCGGAUACAUGUCGCGGCAGAAGCUGCAGGAGCUGAUCGGCGACGACUGGCGCGACACAUACUUCAUCGAGCGCAUGGAGUUCCCCGAGAUCAAGGCUGUGCACUUUGUCGUGUACGGCAUUCUCGGUCGCGGCGUGUUGGCCAGUACCUUGCUCGACUCCCUGGGUAAAGGGUUUGCAGACUAUAUUAGGGCAAAGACGAUCGAGAUCCCCGUCGAGGUCUUGGAGCUAUAA